AUGGACGCAGAAUCGGAUAUUUCUUGCAUGGUGCAAGAUCCGGAUUACAGAGACAGUGAUCAACAAAGUCCAGAUUACAGAACUCAUAAAGAUGAUGCAGUUACAAACACUAGAAAACGGUACCUAGAUUACAGAGCUAGGAAAUGGAAGCAAGUUUGUAAAAACUAUUUAAGUGACAGAAAAUUAUCCAAUAACCCAGUAAAUAAUAACAGUGAUAAGGAAAAAGGUGCCCCUGUUGAUGAUACUGAUGAUCUAAGACCUAGAGACAAAACCAAUGAAAUGAAGCAGAUUAAUGUUGAAGACCAUGAGGCCGAAUUGAAUAAUGGAUGCAAAUCUUUACACACUGUCACAGAUCAUCCACCUCUUGUACGAAUCGAAUCAGUGAAAAUAGAGGCAGUAGAUCUAGAAUCGAACACUAAUCUAUUGGAAAAUACCAUGAGAAAUCCGCGAAGAGACAUCCCCAAAUCGAGGGACAAGGAAAACAAUCGAAGCAAAGUUGUCAACAAGAAUGAUGUUAAAUUGCUUUCGUGCAAAAGUGAUUCAACGUCGUCAGAUAACAUAACAUUUUCAGCCAAAACUGGAACUGAAGUGAUGACAGAUUGUAUUGGGUUUAUAAAUCCACCGCUCAAAGAUCUGGAAUCUAACGGGAAUGUGGUUGAAAACAUCAAUGCUAAAAAAGACCAAGCACUGUAUAACGACAUUCUUAAAUCAAAUGUUAACUCAUUUAAACGUAAGAACUCCAACACUGAUCCAUUGGAUAGUAAAAAUGGUAGCCAUGAUGAAAAUCUCAAAGCUAGGGGCGCAGAGACAAAUGACAGUAAAACAGAUAUAAAAUGUGUUGACAUUUCUCAGUAUUCUGUAAACGGUAAAGCCGAAUCUUCAAAUAGUAGUGUAGAUACCGGUGUUAGACAUACUGAUUCCUCGUCACUUACCAAAUAUACAGGUGCAAUUCAAACGGAAUAUCUACCAUCUAGCAGCUCAAAAUCGGCUUCUGACAGCGAUCACGAAGAAAUUAACAAGCCUUUUGCAGGCAUCGCAAAUGAUCCUAUAAGUACUUCUAUUUCAACAAACCAAAAUUUAAGGAAAUUAUUAGAUAAACGUUUGGACGAUGCAAAGCGGGACAGUGACAGCAGACAAAUAAAGAGGAAAGGAGAGCCCUCCAAACAUUCCCUGGAAAAGCGGAACUGUUCAAGCUUGGAUAGGUUGACUCGUAUGUGCGAACAAGAUGACCCCACUGAUAAUAAGAACUAUAUAACAGACGAAUUGAUGAUUCCAGACAUUUCGCCUGAACAUUUACCGGUUGAGUCCAAGGAAAUAAACAAGAACAAAACGAUGCCCAUGAAAGUGUCCGAGGCGCAACAAACUCCACGUUCUCUGAUGGACAAUGAACGUCCUCUGCAUGAAUAUCCCCAUUGGCUAGAUCAAACAAGGGCCAUUCCACAUAUUCAUGGCAAAAUGCACAGUGGCUUUUCUUUCAGAAGAGAUCAUUUUAGAUUUAACGAGGGACACAGUCAUUUUCGGUAUAUGAUUCCAGACCAUGUAUUGCCUCCGCCAUUUUAUAUCUCAAAUGGCUACAACCAUAACCUACCCCAACAAGUUCAAUUUCAGCAUGGUUCUAGCACAGACCGUCCAGUUACUGACCAAGACUACCCCAGGAAGGUGAUGUAUCACGAAGAGAUGUCUCAUUCGUCCAAAAUGUCUCUUAUUGAAUCUGAUAAAGCUUGUGGUGAAGCUGAACACGCAGCCAAAAUUAAACUGGUAGCAGCAGAAUUAGAGGUUGUGGGACUACAAAAGGUUUAUUGGAAAAAGCGCUUGAAACAAAUUCAAGACAAAGAUAGUGAUCAUAAUGAGGAAUUGUAA